UACUACGAAGUAGUAUAGGAUCGUUUCUUAACAUAAUAUCACUUUGAAUAUAAAGCCAUUAUAUAAUAGAAACUCAAUAUUGUAGAUUCAAUUUAAAUUACCAAUCCUUUAAGUAGACAAAAUAAGUGCCUUAUAAAGGAAAAGGACGUUAUGGAUAAAGUUUCAAAUAUGCCAGUUGACACUUUCCCGGUGACCAUAAAGGAUAUAAUAGAUGCACACAACCGCAUUCGUCCACAUAUCCACCGCACGCCUGUACUGACUUCUGAGACUUUUGACCGAGAAUAUGGGGCGGGAAAAAAGUUUUAUUUCAAAGCGGAAAACCUACAGAAGACUGGUAGUUUCAAAGUUAGAGGAGCCCUGAAUGCUACUGCGGAUAGUAGUGGUAAUCAUGGCCUAGCAUUAGCCUGGGUGGCAAAAAUGCGGGGACUGAAAUGCACUAUAGUUACACCAAAGGAUACACCAGUCGUCAAAAUACGUGCAAUUAAAAGUUAUGGAGCAGAUGUCAUCCUGUGCGAACCGACGCUAACUUCGAGGGAAGAAACGUCCAAGCGCUUUGCGGAAGAAAAUAACUACGAAAUCAUUCCAUCAGCAGAUCAUUAUGACAUCAUUGCAGGACAGGGGAGUAUCGCAUUAGAGUUUUUAGAAGACGUUCCUAAUCUUGAUGCUAUUCUCAUACCGGCUAGUAAAGGUGGCAUGACCGCUGGCAUCGCGAUCGCAGCCAAGGCUAUUAAACCAAGCAUUAAAAUUUUUGUUGUCGAACCAGAUGGAAAAGAACUCGAAAAAUGUUUGAGAGCAGGUACGAGGCUCUGGCCCAAUCCUCCGUGUUUUGUGAACACUCUUGCCGAAGGGAUAAAAAUACAACAACUUGGACACUUGACCUGGCCGAUCAUACUUGGUCUUGCCGAGAAAGAGGUCUUCACAGCGACAAAUGAUGAUAUAAUCAAGGGAAUGAAGUUUGUCUUUGAGAGAAUGAAGGUUGUUAUUGAAGGUGCAUCAGGUGCAGCGAUUGCUGCUGCUAUGUCGACAAGGCUCCGGGAAAUGAGUUCAGACCUGGAGAAUGUCGGUGUGAUACUCUGCGGAGGAAAUGUCGAUCUCGAUAACUUACCUUGGUAAAACAUGGUUUAAAACAGUGAAUAUGUCCCUUGCAAAAAAAAUAAGAAAAGACCUUAUUAAGACAACACUGACCACAAUUUAUAUUAAAUCACUUCAAUAUACAUUCCAUUGCGUGAGUCAAAAUGUAUCAAGAUUCUCCGAAUACAAUAAAAAUCCUUAAAGAUUACCAAAUUGUAUCAAAAUUCAUUUUCCUAUUUAUAUAAAAAAAACUAUCAAUACUAUUCAUUAUAAACACGCAUUUAUAUUAAGAAAUUAAUAUAUAUCAAGAUGUCUUCCUGUUAACAAUACAAUUACAAUAUCCUUCAUUCAACGUUCUCAAUUUUUGUAUUACUACCAAUUUCCCUGCGUUGCGACUGACGGUUAAAAUAGAGAUACAAACCUGGUGAAGUUGUUCAAAACUUGUUCAGCAACCAUUAUAACAAAUCCAUAAUGACUUAAAUUGUUUAUAAGAAAAUCCCCCCAACUUUUGUCUCCUAUGAACAUGCCGUCAAAUAUACGCCAUAAUUAAUUUGUUAUCAUGUUGCUGAACAAUUUUUGAACAGUUUUUUCAGGUUAAUAUCAUUCGGUAUUGACCGUCAGCGAAUAACGAUAUUGUGAAUUCGUCAUACAUGCUCUGACGGAUAUAAGAAAUAAUGACAAAACCAACAUAAUGGGUUUACGACCAGCAUGGAUCCAGAUCAGCCUGCGCAUCUGCGCAGACUGAUUAGGAUCCAUGCUGUUCGCUUCAGUUUCUUUACUUGUUAUAGGGUCUUUCAGCGAACAUCAGACUGCGCGGAUGCGCAGCUGGUCUGGAUCCAUGCUGGUGCAAACCCAUUAUGUUGGUUUUGUUGUGACGCGGUUCAUAUGACCUGAAUGAGAUUAUUAUGGCCCAAGGCUUUAGCUUCCGUCAGGAACUUGUAUAACUUAUGAUACGUACAUUGUACAUUCAACAUUCACCUAUAAACUAUAAAAUGCAUCAACAUUCUAAAAUAUACGCCAGAAUUUUUAAUAUGUUUAAUGAUAUUUAAACUAUAGCAUAUGUUUUGUAAUAAAGGUAUUGGAAUCAUUAUCAUAUUUUAUAUCAUAACGUUUUAGAUAUUUUUGUUUUCAUAAAUUUUUAUUAAUAUCAAGAAGUCUAUUAAAAGUUUUAUUUAUUUUUAUCCAUAUCAGACUAUUUUGUAGAUAUUUUAAAACAUUUAAUCUAAAUCUUUUUAAAUGAACCUUGAUUAUCAACACGAAUUUCUGAAAGGUUAGUCACCGCACUCAUGCAAUCCCAGAAGUUUUUAUAUUAACAUGCAGUUUUUGUCAUUUUUUGUAAAUUUGAUUACUCAUUAGACAUAUUUAUCAUAGAUCCUAACAAUAUGCAAAUGAGCCGUUUCUCGUGAAAUGUAUUCCUACGCUAUUAUGUGUUCACAAAUGUAAGGUUUUAAAAGGACUCCACUGAGGUGAAAAACAUUUUUGCUUACAAAUAAACUAUUAUUACAUAUGGUAACAUAGUAAAUCGAUCUUCCUAUGCUUGAAAAUAAUAAUUUCGUUAGGAACAUGCUUAUUUUAAUGAAAUAUUUGUUUUGAUUAUAUGUUUUAUAGCACACAUGCAUAAAGAGAAGUUAAGUAAUCUCACUUAUUUAUACAACAACAUUGUAUUAAAAAUUUGUUAGUCUAUUAUCUAUACAUACAAGUUCAACAAAAGGAUGGAGUUCGUGAGACUGAUUUGAAAGUAUACACACAAACAGACAGAUAUAAUUUUUGAUAUUUGUUUUUAUUCAUUCCUUGUUGCUUUAUAGCGCUUACAUUUUGUAAAAAUCUCAGAAUUGAUAAAUUGUUCUAAUAUGUUAUCGUUUAUCGUUUUAUUCCUCAUAUACAUAAAAUGGAAAUAAUGAUAAAAAAACAAUUGCAGCGUUCUUUGAGAUUUUAUUUAUUCUCCGAUCUUGUAUAACGUACGUUUGUGCGCCAUAAUUUGAUUUUAUUUCAUACUUGCGUAAAGAAAAAAUGUAGCACAAGCAGCGUUUAUAAACCGAUUUAUUUGUAGAUAUUUUACAAGGCAAGGAAUGCAAUAUGUGCUCGGUAUAUUCCAAGCAGACAUGGCACAGACAUUUCUGUACAAAAAAAGAUCGAUGGACGAGAUAGCCUUGUUUUUAAAUGAAGUUGAAUGAAAUGGGGUUCCGUUUCAAUACUAGUUCGCAGGAAUGUGUAUUGUUUUAAACAUUUAACAUUGUGUACAUGUGUCUUUGUUCAUGUAUGUAUAUUCGUGAUGGAUUUUUUAUUGACUGAUUUUUAGAAAGGUUUGAUAUGUGACUGUACAAAAAAACCCAACUCUUUUUGAGCGUGUCAACAGUUUAUAUGAACAUUUAUGUAAACCUUCUCGGUAAGUUUUACAGGAAAAGCAAUAGGGGCGAGGUUGUGGGACAGAGACGUGGCAAAUGUUUUCUGUAACACAUUUUUUCUUUGUUUAAAGGACAAAUCAAGAGCAAUCCAAGAGGAUUUUUUAGUGAGAACUAUUAUCUUCACUUCAUUUUAAAAGGAUUUAGAAACUGGAUAUAAGCGAGACUUUUUUUGUAUUCACGAAGUUGUUCUCGUGAAUACCGAUCAAUCAACACGUUUACAUGGUAGUUAGCGAACUGAUAGCACCCAUAACCGAAAACACGGAAAUACAAAGUAGUUGUCUGGAACACAUUUUUACAUGUAUACAAUGAAAAAGCUUUUGGAAUCAACUGAAUGUAUUAGUAAUGAAAAGGUUUUAAGUAACUUUAAUAAUGAUAGCACAAAACACGCACACAGGCAAGAAACUGUGCUGUUCUAUAUUUUAACCAUAUCGACCAAGGAAAAUCAAUUCAUCAAAUUAAUGUUUAGGUACUGUAAUUACAGAAAUGUAAUGAAAUAAACCCAUUUGAAACAAUGGAAAUGGAUAUAGGUCUUCGUUGAUUUGCAAAUCAAUAACCAUUUAAGUCAGGCUAAAUAUCUCACGGCUGGAUUUUCAACGCAUCAACGUUUUGAUUACGAUAUCUUAUUGUAGGGAUCUUUUAACUGUUAAAUAGCCAUAUUGUUAAAGAAGACUUCUAG